GAAAACAAACUGAAUAGCUGUGCUCUUGGGUCUCGAUGGUGCGGAUCUGAUCCACGCAGAAUUCUAUUCUUGUCCUCCCGCGAAAACACGUCUCUCUGUCUGGUCUGGUUCGAUCAGCCUAGAACCACGUGACAUAUGUUUACAUCCUCUCAGCUGUUCCUGAAGAAAAGACAGCGGCAAUCGGCCGUCUUCGAAAAACUAUAUUUAUCUGAGCUGUCAGUGGCACGGUACGUUAAUGUUUCGAUAGAUACUCAUAUUACUUAAUUUACUCAUCUGACUGGCGGCUCUUACAAACAAACAAACCAGUGGUGUUGCAGCCUGGAAUCUGUGACACACAUCAUCUGCUGCCCAUCUCAGAGGGUUUCCUGAGAACAAGAAACUGUUCCCGAGGCUGUUCCGGUUGUUCUUGGACCACCAAUUUGAGAUGCCGAUCUCAAACAUCCUGUAGGAGCUAAUUCCACCUAUCUCAUCAGCUUCUCUCCAUGUGAGGCCUUGUGCUCUGCUGAAAGUUUAUUUUUUGAGGGGUGGCUGUUUUUACGUUUCUUUUCUUUUGGCGUUUUUGUCGUCAUGGGAGGAGCCGUCAGUGCCGGGGAGGACAAUGAUGACCUGAUCGACAACUUGAAGGAGGCUCAGUAUAUCCGCACAGAACAGGUGGAACAGGCCUUCCGGGCCAUUGACCGUGGCGACUACUACUUGGACAGUUACCGAGAGAAUGCCUACAAGGACCUGGCAUGGAAAAAUGGCAACCUCCACCUGUCGGCACCGUGCAUCUACUCUGAGGUGAUGGAGGCGCUGAGGCUGCGCCAGGGACUGUCCUUCCUCAACCUGGGCAGCGGCACCGGCUACCUGAGCACCAUGGUGGGCCUGAUCCUCGGUCCAUUUGGAGUGAAUCAUGGUGUUGAACUACAUAAGGAUGUUGUGGAGUAUGCUAAAGAGAGGCUGGAGGACUUCAUUAAAAACAGUGAUAGCUUUGAUAAGUUUGAAUUCUGUGAGCCAAAAUUUGUGGUGGGAAACUGCUUAGAAAUCUCCUCCGACAGCCACCAAUAUGAUCGCAUUUACUGUGGAGCCGGAGUCCAAAAGGACCACGAGAACUACAUGAAAAUCAUGCUCAAAGUGGGAGGCAUCCUUGUUGUGCCAAUUGAAGAUCAGUUGACUCAGAUCACCCGGACUGGCCAGAGCUCCUGGGAGAGCAAGAACAUCCUGGCUGUGUCCUUCGCCCCGCUUGUCCAGCAGAACAGAGCCGACGGCAACAAACCAGACACAGUUCAACUCCCACCCAUCCACAUCCGAAGUCUGCAGGACCUGUCGCGUGUGUACAUCCGCCGCGCGCUGCACAGCCAGAUCGAGGAGGCCAGUCCGGCCACACAGCGCACGCCCCACAAGCGCAAGAGGCGGCGUUGCCGGCGGCGUCGCAUCAACACAUACGUGUUCGUGGGCAACCAGCUGAUCCCGCAGCGAGUGGAGAGCGAGGAGGAGGAGCGCAUCGGCGAGGAGAUCAGGGAGGAGGACGAGGAGGACGACGAGGAGAAGGAGGGCAGCGAGGAGCAGCCGCUGAAGGCAGAGGAGCCACGGGUCAACCUGCUGAGGGAGAGGAUCCUCAGCCUGCCCCUGCCUGACGCGCUCAAGGCCUACCUGCUGUACUACCGUGAGAAGUGAUCAGGGUGUACACACACACACACACACACACACACACACACACACACACACACACACACACACAUUUGUCUCAGCACCUCCACUUAAUACAUGCACGGGCAUACAUACACACACACACACACACACACACACACACUGAUACACAGACUAUAAAGACUCUCAGAUGGGUGGACUAAAACACACACACACACACACACACACACACCCACACUCACACACACACAUACGCACAUGUACUCUUCAUGCACUAAGUACCAAUCUGAUGAGCUGUUUCCCUUCAUUUCUUGGAUGAUGUAGCAUUAUUUUGUUUCAUUUUACUUUAUUUUAUUAUAUUCUAGGUUUUUCGUCUGUCUGGGAGGUAAUCAGUGAUGGAGAGGCUUUUUGUAAGAUGAUCAGUCAUUUUGACUGCUGGUUAGAGUGAUUUCUGUGCUUUGUGCUAUUGAAAGCUUUCACACUUUUUCAGACAUGUUUAAAAAGAGAUGUUUUUUCAUAUGAUUCAGAAAUGUAUAAUCAUACACAAGUUUCAGUGCAAUCUUAGAGGGAUAGUGUAGAAGCAUUUUGUAUAUAGAGGCUUUAAUCAUAGAGUGUUUUGAAUAUAAGGAACGUAUUCAGGGGGGUAGGAGUGUAUGCUUUUUGCUGAUGCCCAAGAAGUGUCUAGGACACGUGGAAUAGAUAUAUAAUGUGUGAAAGACUGGAGAAAUGCUGCCAUACCCGAGCAGGCUAGAUGAACACCAAGAUAUCAGUGAUCAUUCACAAAAAAUGGAUUGAAACAUCUGCUAGUUUGUAUUUCUUUCAACAGUUUGUGACUGCCUUAUAUGAAUCAUUGUUUGAAAAUGUUGUCAGUCGAUUGUCAUGUGUGUCGAUUGUUGGCUUAAGAAAACAAUUCUAAGAUUGUUUUGGUAAAGACUCCCUUAGGUAUUUUUUAUGUGACAGGGAUGAUAACAUUACAUGGAUUCUCUCUACACUGUCCCACACAAUAACAAGGUCUGCUGAUAGUACCUAAGAACAAUGAUAUAUUCUCUCUUCAUUUCAUAUAUAUAUAUAUAUAUAGUUUUUUUUGGUAGGUUAGCCAAAAGCAUGGCUUCCAGCCUCUCUUGUAAUGAAAGCCUUUGAAACUUGUUAUGGCAAUCAGCCACCAAUUAAGAUCUAUGAUCCUGAUGCAAGGAAGCUUACUUCAGUAGCUUUCACUAGCGCAUCCUUUUUUCCUUCAUUUGGAGAGUUCUAAAAUCAGGGCUUAUUAAUAGAAGGAAGUGGGAGGGUGAUUCCCCAUCUGGCCCAGGUCAUGCGAGGAUAAAAGAGGCUAUUACAUCAAACCAGCAGCUUCUGACAUGGCAGAGGCGUAUUGUGUCUCAGAGGUGGCGCUUAGAUCAAAUAGGGAACUUGCUGUACAUGGGACCUAGUGAGCCUUUUCAGUGGGUUCAUUGUUGAAAUGAUGUCAGGUCCAUCUGACAACUCAUAAAGUGUGUGGAGUUUUGGCACCUGAAAAAAAAAGUUUGUAAAGACUGUACAGAUUUGAUACUACUGAUUUCAUAUAGUAUAUUUUAAUCUUGAGGUAUUCUGCCACAAAUAAAUUCUGUAUUGAAUAAUCCUGCAAUACCUAGCCUACCCCCAAAUGCCUUGAAUGACAUGAUAUGUCAUUUCACAUCCAAAGCUUUUUUCGUUCCUUUUAAAAUCAGCUUAUGAUGAGCUAACGAUGUCAUUUCCUGUAGAUGAGAAGCCAGAGCAAAAGCCAGUUAAAUUUCUCGAAUUUCGGAGUAGCCCAUUAAUCACUGUGGCAGGUGAAAUUUGGGAAAUGACUUUAUGUAACUCCGGAUAGGGUAUUUCUGAUCUAUUGUGUGAAACUAUGUUCACUUCUGUUGCACUUCUUCAGUCUCUUGGAAAGUCAAUGUCUUUUCCAGUUUAUUUAUGACAAAGAGCUGAGGGGUUAUUUCUCCUUGUCUCACGGUGUGGAGUCUUCUGUAUUUACGCGGUCACCGCUCUCCUGCUCCUGUCUUAUGAGGUCUGGGAUAAUGUACUGCACUGGAGAGCAGUGUGCUGCCAGGGCAACAGUGCUGCCUGAGGUAGCUUGGCAAACACAGGAGGCAAGAGGCAAGCCCUGACUCUCAUACAUUUACAGUGACUGAGGUCACUAAGUAAACUACUGUCACUAUCUCAGAUUUCUUGGCCCUUGAAAUCAGGUUUGAAUGCUCUUGAUGUCUUUACACCAUAGUUAUGUGAUUGCGUAUAUUUUUAUGAGACGCAGAUUGACGCUGACUGUUUCAGCCUUGGCUGAGCGUUCAGAUGGUGGUGGAAAUAUGGGAUGGCUUAGUUACCAUUCCCUUCAGUGCUUAAAAAUGGAUAGCAUGCUGUUGACAGACUAUCACAGAGACAUGUGUGAUCUUGUUUUUUUUCUGUUUCUCUCUAUGAAGUGUCACUCUGAAUUGUUUGUAAAUUCAUGCUUUCUUCCACAGCUAUGUUUUCAUUAAAUAUAUUUAUAUCACUC